AUGGCUGUGGAUGACUAUGAGGAGCUUCUCAAGUACUAUGAAAUAUGUGAAACGGUUGGUACAGGUGGCUUUGCGAAGGUUAAACUGGCUUGUCACCGGCUUACUGGUGAGCAGGUUGCAGUAAAAAUCAUGGACAAGUCAGCUCUGGGGGAUGACUUGCCCCGGGUCAAGACGGAGAUUGAAGCCAUGAAAAGCUUAAGCCACCAGCACGUCUGCCGGUUAUACCAGGUGAUUGAGACGCCGGAGAAAAUAUUCAUGGUGCUAGAGUACUGCCCUGGAGGAGAGCUCUUCGACUAUAUUAUAGCGAAAGAUCGCCUAACCGAAGAAGAAGCCCGUAUCUUUUUUCGUCAGAUCGUCUCUGCGAUGGCAUACGUACACAGUCACGGGUACGCUCACAGGGAUCUCAAGCCCGAGAACUUGCUGAUUGAUGCCGAGCACAAACCAAAGUUUAGUGCCCAAAAGCGGCCGUCUCUGAAUGGCCUUGCCAGGGGGAAAUACGAGGUUCCCAAAUGGCUGUCACCUGGCAGUGUGCUGCUUCUCCACCAGAUGUUGCAGGUGGACCCAAAGAGACGGAUUACAGUGAAACAUCUCUUAAAUCACCCCUGGCUCACGCAAGGCUACUCUUUCGCUGUCCAGUGGCAAAGUAAAUACCCGCUCGGGCGUCUGGAUGAAGACUGCGUCACAGAGCUUUCAGUGUUCCACAAAUGUAGCCGAGAAAGGAUGGCAGAUGUGAUUUCAGAGUGGAGAUAUGAUCAUGUGACUGCUACAUAUCUCUUGCUCCAAUCCAAGAAAACUCGUGGCAAGCCCAUCCGCCUGAGGAUUCCUUCUCUAGCAGCUGACUGCACGAACAUCACUCCAAGCAAAGAGCGGAAGUUCAAAAAGAGCCUAACUUUUGAAGAUGCUCCAGAGCAUAGCAGCAACGAAAUGCCCAAUGUGUUUGGAUCCAUGGAAUUUCUAGGUUCCUUCGAAGCUCAACCUGUACCGUGGAUUACACCCAAAGCCAAACAGCACCACGUAUUCCUGGAUGGUGAAGAAUUCACUCCGCCUCUUCCUCCCAUGCCGAGAAGAGGAGCGUCGUCAAAGAAAAAGGGCAACAAGGAGAACUCUGAUGCCAAAGCAGCAGCAAACUUUGAGCCUUUCGUGCUUCCGGCUCCCAAGACUCCGAUGUGGGCCAUGAAUGAGAAGAGGGUGCUGACCACCCCGAACCGUGCGCUUCCAACUGAAGAGAGCGGUCCGGCCAUGAAAGGGAGCCCAGCUAAGAAGCCACCGACUCCGACCCACCCAGAGGAACUGGUGACGGGGAUCAUUAGCCCUGAGAGAAGGUGUCACUCCUUAGAAGUGGAUCUGAACCAGGCUCAUCUGGAGAGCGGUCAGAAGAGGAAAGGGGCCAAAAUGUUCGGAAGCUUCGAAAGAGGCUUGGAUAAAGUGAUCACGAUGCUCACACCCGGUAAAAGGAAAGGCUCGACAAAAGAAGGCCCGAGGAAGCUGCGGGCUCAUUACAAUGUGACCACAACUAACCUGCUGAAUCCAGAUGAGCUGCUGAAGGAGAUAAUUGCUGUCCUUCCUAAAAAACAUGUUGAAUAUGUACAGAAAGGCUACAAGCUCAAGUGUCGAACACAGUCAGACUUCGGCAAAGUGACCAUGCAGUUUGAGCUGGAAGUCUGCCACCUGGGCAAAUCUGAAGUCGUGGGCAUCAAGAGGCAGCGGCUGAAGGGGGACGCUUGGGUCUACAAAAGGCUAGUGGAAGACAUCCUGUCCAGCUGCAAGUUGUAGCCCCUGGUUGCCCCAUCAGGACACGGAGCGGCUUCAACUAGCUGUGGUUCAUUUGGUCAUCACAGUAAGGUCG